CUCACACCUUCAGUAUCAGUACACACCAAGGCAACACACACUAAUACACAAUCAAAUUAAUUCCGAGUUCUAAUUAACGUACGUAAAAGAAGGAGAAGAGAUGGCUGCUUCUCGCCGCGUCGCGAUCUCCCUCCUCCUCCUGGUCGCGGCCAUGGCGAGCUCCUUCUCCUUCUCCCCGUGCACCGCGCAGUCGUCGUCGUCGUGCGCGAGCUACACCUUCUCCAGCAACCAGCAGUACGGCUCGUGCGCCACCCUGCCGCGCCUGGGCGCCACGCUGCACUACAACUACACGGCGGCGGCCAGCACCGUCGCCGUCGCGUUCCGCGCGCCGCAGCCGGCGGGCGGCAAGGGGUGGGUGGCGUGGGGGAUCAACCCGAGCGGCAGCGGGAUGGUGGGCACCCAGGCCGUGGUGGCGUUCCGCCACUCCAACGGCAGCCUCGUCGCGUACCCGACGGUGCUCGGCAGCUACGCGCCGUCCAUGGCGCCCGCGGCGGCCAAGGACCUGGCCCUCCCCGUCUCCGGCGUGUCGGCGGAGGAGAACGGCAAGGCGAAGGAGGUGGUGGUGUACGCGACGGUGGCGCUGCCGGCCGGGAAGGGGACCAAGUUCAACCACGUGUGGCAGCAGGGCAGCUCGGUGGCCGGCGACGUGCCGGCGGCGCACCCCACCUCCGGGGACAACGUCCUCUCCGUCGGCAGCAUCGACUUCAGCAAGUGAUCGAUCGUACAUAUAUACUGGUAUAUACGUACACUUGUUCGAUCGUAUACGUACGUACGCCCGGCUGCUUGUAAUGUUGGUAUACAAGUAUAUUCAUGUACACAUGUGUUAAUUAUUUAUGCUUCUGGUAGAUCGGCUCCCAUUAGAUGUGUGGAGUAUAUGUAUGAUGAUUAUGUCAGUGAGACUCCAUGUAUGUAUUGUCUAUAUAUAUGUACAGCCGGAAAGUUUGCAAUGUACUAUUUCUUCCCUUGUUUGUGUUUAAA